AUGUCUGUAGAUUGUAGGGCUUGUGGUGUCCAAGUACCUGAUGGUUGUUACAUAAAGUGCUCAAAAAAACAGUGCGAGAAAGUUUAUGAUUUAAAAUGCCUAGGACUGACAGAAAAUAAAUUCAGUUCCUUCUCGGAUAAGCGCACGAAGCAAUGGGUCUGUCCGGAGUGCGCGUGUUCUAAACCUAAACGCUAUGACCAGAAUACACCUAUCAGGGACACCCCGGAUCUGAAAACAUUCACGCCCAGUGCUAAUGUCAACACUCAACGGGGAAGCCGCAUGCAAUUGAUGGAUGAAUCAAUUGUCGAGUGUGAUAAUAAUAGUAAUGAUAAAUUGCUGUCUGAGUUUAGACAGCUAAAACAUGAAGUCUUAAGCCGAUUAGACGUGCUAACUAACAUUAUUAAACAUCUUCAAGAAAUAUGUUUUUCUACAAAAACGGAAUUAGAAGAACUAAAGAUUAAAAUGAAAGUAUUUCAAAAUAAAUUGUUCCCAACGGAUCUGUUAUCAACUCAAAAUCAACAGUUUGAAAGUAUUGAUAGUAUAACGGAAAAGUUUGAAUACAGGCCUCGAGAUGUCUAA